GCCGAAAUCAAAAUGCAGUGGCUUCCAAGCGGAAAUCCAUGGAGGUUGAGGUCGAAGGUGAAGACGGUACCAAAUUUGUGUUGGGAACGCGUGGUGAGGUACCGUUUGGACGAGGCUCAGGGUUUAACACCAACGACCGCACCGUUUCUCGUCGUCACGUUUUGUUCCGCCUGAGAACUUCGCUUGAGAAGAUCGACGCCGGAGGAAAGCCUAGGGUUUCGUUCGAGGUUAUCGGAAGGAACCCCAUUUGGCUGUUUAGCAAGAACGAUGGUCAAAUUCGGAUUUUCAGGAAGUUCGAGAAGGGUGAGUUGGAAGUUGGCGACCGUUUCUGUUUGUCUGGGAAGGCGCCGGUUUGGUUCGAUUUGAAAUACAGUAGAGUUCGUGACGGAAAUAAGACGGUUUCGGAUAUUGAGAAGGAGGUUUCUGAGAGUUCAAGUAACGGGCUUGACAUUGAGGACAUUGAUGUUUCAGGAAUUGACACCGUUAAAGAGUUUGGUUUUUUGGUGAUGGGACAUGAGUUUGAUCAUUAUCCCAAGGACAUGAUUCGCAAUGUGAAGAGUUGGAACUGGUUCCUGGAGGAACCUGGCAAAGAUAGCGAAGAUGAAGAUGAUUUUGAAGAGCAGAGGACAGCCAUAAGAAGAAAGCGAAAGAAAGCUAAAGGCAACGGAGAUGAAGAUGAUGACUGGGUGGAAAGUGAAGAAGAUGUGGACCUUAUUGCAAACACAAGAAAAGUUAGAUCUGGGUACUCUACUCGAUCAAAAGACCAAAAUAAACAAACCAAGGACAACAAAGGAAGUAAAAGUUCUGGACGAAAGAAAGCGCCUAGGGUGUAUGAAAUUGUUGAAGAUGAAGGUGAUGAGACAUUGGGAGGCUUCAUUGUUGAUGAUGAAGAAGAGGGUCAGGAAGAGGAAAGCGGUGAAGAGGAGGAGGAGGAGGAGUUUGAAGAAGAUGAAGUGGAGGAUUAAUCUUGAAAGAGUGAACAGACCCCUGGAUGGUGAAUGCAUAUUGUAGCUUUGUAAUGUCAAUACUACUACUGAUACGUAGUUUUCUGUAUCAUAACAUAAUUUUGAGUUUCUUGUUUUGGUUUGAAAAGAAUAGUAGCGAUAUGGUCAAUAUGGCAAUAUAUUUGUUUAGUGUAAUGGUGGUUAACACCUUUUGACAUGAAAUUCUAUGUCAGAGUUGUCUAGUCUAAUUGAUUUGGUAUUCUGCUGACA